ACAGGCAACCAUGGCGUUCGCGUAGAAUGAUCCAAGGGAUUCAAGACGAACUGGAUGUAAACAAACGACACGUGAAACGUGUUCUUUACUUUUGGAUCCACUUCCUGAAGUAAACGUUAUUUCUUUUUGUAUGUAAGUCAAGUAAAGAUGGAUAUCCAGCAAAAUGAAGGGAAGAGGGUCUUCAAUAAGAAAGAAUAUCGGCAACAUCGAUACAAAUCAAAUUUUGGAAGUAAACAAGAAGGCCGUGGGAAGGCAUUCCUACAGAAGAAUGCUGUAGUAAGACAGUAUCAUUGGAUGCAAAAGAAAGAGGAGAAAAAGCUGAAGAAAUUAGAAAAACAAAAAGAUAUUGAAGAAGGCAACUCCAAUGAUGAAGGAGAGAAAACAGAGUCAACUACAAGUAGUCAUUUGUCAACAGUAAAUUCAGAUGAGGCAGAUGCAUUUUCAGAGCUGGGGAAACCAAAGAAGAAAAAGUUAUAUAGUUGGCAGCGUGCUAAACUUGAGUAUAAGAAGAAGGUAGCAGAAAGGGAGCAACAGAAGGAAGCAGCUGUAAGGAGAAAAGAGGAAAUGCAAAUAGCAAGGAAGAAAUAUAAAGAAAAAAAGUUGCAUAGAUAUAAGAAGUUAAGCAAGAAGAAUAGCAGAGGACAGCCUCUCAUGAGUGGCAGAAUUGAGUUGAUGUUGGAAAAGUUAAUGGAAGAAAGGGACUCAAAAUGAAUGUUUUUUUUUUUUUCUUCUUCAUCUUCUUCUGCUCGUUUUUGUAUUGUAAUAUGUUUACUGAUUUUUUUUUUUGUAUUUUAUUGUAAGAUCAUUUUACCAUGCAGAGUGCUUAUAAUGUAUGAACAUAUUUUAGUGAAAACAACCAUAGGAUAAAUGAAUAGAAAAUAAAAAGUUUCAAUAGUUUUUUUUCUAAUGCAGGUAUAGCUGCAUGAAUUAUGUUGCAUGGAUAUUUUUACAUGGCUAGAGUUGGUGGUAGAAUCUGAAGGUAUAAUGAUGUGCAUUCAGGUACAAAAUUAUUAUUAUUUAUGUAUUUAUUUAUUUAUUUAUUAUUAUUUUUACAAUUCAUAUUUUGAGGAUUGUGAACUUGAUGCAAAAAAUAACAUUUGUUUUCAGUCAUCCAGAAAGUAUUAUAGAGACUUUAUAUAUAUUAAUUUGCAUGUAUGCACUUUUACUUUAAUCAAUGAGUAUGCAAUUUAGGUAAAAUGAUUAUUGUAAUUGUGAUUUUAUUACUGAUGUACAAUAAAAAUGAAUGUUUAUGAGGGCUUGUACCAUUAGGAAAUGCUUGGAAUAAUUCCCAUUCUUCGAAUAUUAGUUACUUCUUUAUUUGUACUAGUCCAAAAUCAGCAACAUAUUCAGUUUCUCAUUGAUAAGUAAAGAAGAAAAAAAUGCAGUUAAGUUGCCCUAUUCCUCUAUCUUGAAUGCAGGUCAUUGUACAAGAGUAUGUCUUUUAAAGUUUGGGAUUCAGGAAUAAGAGAAAGGGAUGAAAUCAUUGAAAAUCUUCAAGCCUGAGUUAUUUGGAAUAAUCCUGUCCAAAGGUAAAUCUGAAAAAAAGAAACCUAAUAAUUAAAGUCAUUACAAAUACAAACAGCUUUUGUAGCACUAUAUUGACUUCAUUUUACUGCAGUAAAUUGUUUUCACUUCAUUUCAACUAAUUUCACAUAAAUGUUUGUUAAAUUAACACUAAGGGAAAUUGUUGAUUAAGUAUUUAUUACCUUUUUAAGGUCAAGAUAUUUAGGUGUUCAUGCAGUUGAUAACAGGAAUAAUUUCUUGAAUCAAGCAAAGUUUGUUCAUAUGUGGUGUUUUAAAUAUAGGUAUAGUAUCUGUCCCUUACCACUGAAUAAAAAUACUUCUGUGUAGUGCUAAAGCUGUUUGUUAAAAAUGACAUUGCAGGGGCCAUGGAGAUCAUUAUAUAUUGGUCAGAGACCAAAGAAAAGAAAAGAAAGAUUAGUAACCACAGAUUAUUUUCUUUCACAUGGGAAGAAAAAUUUACGGAGUCCAUUUGACUAAAUGUAUGAUUAUGAAUUAAAAUGUAUGACUGCCAA